AUGGCUGCCAACACCGGCGCUAUCAUUAAGCCCGCCUCGAUCCCCGUCCGGGGUGGAACCGAUCGCCUUGUGGCCCUCGAGUUGCAAGAUGGCACCGUUUAUCAGGGUUACAACUUUGGUGCUGAGAAGAGCAUUGCCGGUGAACUGGUCUUCCAAACCGGUAUGGUCGGCUACCCUGAGUCCAUCACCGACCCUUCCUACCGUGGUCAGAUCCUGGUUAUCACUUUCCCUCUCGUGGGUAACUACGGUGUCCCCUCGCGGGAGCAGAUCGACGACCUUCUCAAGCUGCCCACCUACUUCGAGUCCAGCCAGAUCCACGUCGCUGCGUUGGUGGUCGCAACCUAUGCCGGAGAGGACUUCUCCCACUUCCUCGCGGAGUCAUCCCUGGGCAAGUGGUUGAAGGAUGAGGGUGUCCCCGCCAUGCACGGCGUUGACACUCGUGCGCUGACCAAGCGCCUUCGUCAAACCGGUAGCAUGCUGGGCCGCAUGCUGCUCCAGAAGCCCAACGUCUCCCAGGAGGUUGCCUCCGGCACGGACAUUGCUACCUGGAAGUCACACUUCGAGGAGAUUGAGUGGGUGGACUGCAACACGAAGAACCUCGUCGCUGAGGAUGUUGCUCUCAAGCACCCCUCGGGACGGAACGUCCGCGUUCUGUGCCUGGAUGUUGGUAUGAAAUACAACCAGCUCCGCUGCCUGUUGACCCGUGGUGUUGAGGUCAUGGUUGUUCCCUGGGACUACGACUUCCCCACCCUGGCAGGCAAGGACUACGAUGGUCUGUUCGUCUCCAACGGACCCGGUGACCCCGCUACUCUCACAACCACUAUCGACAACCUGGCCAAGACAUUCAAGGAUGCCCGCACACCUGUCUUCGGUAUCUGUCUGGGUCACCAGCUGAUUGCCCGCGCCGUCGGUGCUACAACCAGCAAGAUGAAGUUCGGUAACCGUGGUCACAACAUUCCCUGCACCAGCAUGAUCUCUGGCAAGUGCCACAUCACUUCUCAAAACCACGGUUAUGCUGUGGACGCCUCCAGCCUCCAGAAUGGCUGGGAGGAGCUGUUUGUCAAUGCCAACGAUGGCAGCAACGAGGGUAUCCGUCACACCACCCGUCCCUUCUUCAGUGUGCAAUUCCACCGGAGAGCACCCCUGAACACCAUUGCCUCUGCGGAUGCGCUCACCAAGCCUGUCGAAUUCCCCGGUGGCAUCAAGGCUGAGAAUGUCAAGGCUUCCCCCCGAGUUUACGUCAAGAAGGUUCUGGUCCUGGGAUCCGGUGGUCUCAGCAUUGGCCAGGCCGGAGAGUUCGAUUACUCCGGUAGUCAGGCCAUCAAGGCACUGAAGGAAGAAGGAAUCUACACGAUCUUGAUCAACCCCAACAUUGCUACUAUUCAGACCUCCAAGGGUCUCGCAGACAAGGUCUACUUCCUUCCCGUCAACGCCGACUUCGUGCGCAAGGUCAUUCAACACGAGCGCCCCGACGCCAUCUACUGUACCUUUGGUGGUCAGACUGCUCUCUCAGUCGGUAUCCAGCUCAAGGAUGAGUUCGAGGGCCUGGGUGUCCAGGUUCUUGGUACUCCCAUCGAUACCAUCAUCACUACCGAGGACCGUGAGCUGUUUGCUCGCAGCAUGGAUUCCAUCAACGAGAAGUGUGCUAAGUCUGCAUCUGCAUCCACUCUCGAGGAGUCUUUGCGCGUUGUCGAGGACAUUGGUUUCCCCGUCAUUGUUCGUGCCGCUUACGCUCUGGGUGGUCUCGGCUCUGGCUUCGCUGAGGACAUGGGCCAACUCAAGGACCUUUGCACCAAGGCCCUCGCUGUCAGUCCUCAAGUCCUUAUCGAGCGCAGUAUGAAGGGUUGGAAGGAAAUCGAGUACGAAGUUGUUCGUGAUUGCCAGGACAACUGUAUCACUGUCUGUAACAUGGAGAACUUCGAUCCUCUCGGCAUCCACACUGGUGACUCCAUUGUCGUGGCUCCCUCCCAGACCCUCUCGGACGAGGACUACAAUAUGCUGCGAACCACUGCUGUUAAUGUCAUUCGUCACCUUGGUGUUGUCGGUGAAUGUAACAUCCAAUAUGCCCUGAACCCGUUCUCUAAGGAGUACUGCAUUAUCGAGGUUAAUGCUCGUCUGUCCCGUUCUUCGGCUCUUGCCUCCAAGGCCACUGGUUACCCGCUUGCUUUCAUCGCUGCUAAGCUGGGUCUGGGUAUUCCCCUCAACGAGAUCAAGAACUCCGUGACCAAGUCCACCUGUGCUUGCUUCGAGCCUUCCCUCGAUUACUGUGUGGUGAAGAUUCCCCGUUGGGAUCUGAAGAAGUUCACUCGUGUCUCGACCCAGCUUGGUUCCUCUAUGAAGUCUGUUGGUGAAGUCAUGAGCAUUGGUCGCACCUUUGAGGAGGCUAUCCAAAAGGCCAUCCGCUCCGUUGACUUCCACAACUACGGUUUCAACGAGACCGAUGCCCUCAUGUCGAUCAAGGCUGAGCUCCAGACCCCCUCUGACCAGCGUCUGUUUGCCAUCGCCAACGCCAUGGCCGCUGGAUACACUGUUGAUGAUAUCUGGAAGCUGACCAACAUUGAUAAGUGGUUCUUGAGCCGCCUCAAGGGUCUCAGCGACUUCGGCAAGUCUCUCACUUCCUUCAACGCCACCAGCGUGCCCAUCUCUAUGAUCCACCAGGCCAAGCAGCUUGGUUUCUCUGAUCGUCAGCUUGCCAAGUUCCUGAGCUCCAACGAGCUGGCUGUGCGCCGUAAGCGUGUCGAGGCUGGCAUUAUGCCCAUUGUUAAGCAGAUCGACACUGUUGCUGCUGAGUUCCCUGCUGUGACCAACUACCUUUACUUGACCUACAACGCCUCUGAGCACGAUCUGAAGUUCGAUGACCACGGUAUUAUGGUUCUUGGAUCUGGUGUCUACCGUAUUGGUUCCUCCGUUGAGUUCGAUUGGUGCUCCGUCCGUACCAUUCGUACCCUCCGUGAGCAGGGCCACAAGACUAUCAUGGUUAACUACAACCCUGAGACUGUCAGUACCGAUUAUGACGAGGCCGACCGCCUGUACUUCGAGAACAUCAACCUGGAGACUGUCCUUGAUAUCUACCAGCUCGAGUCAUCUAGCGGUGUUGUCAUCUCUAUGGGUGGUCAGACUCCUAACAACAUUGCCCUGCCCCUGCACCGCCUCAAUGUUAACAUCCUGGGUACCUCCCCCGAGAUGAUUGAUGGUGCCGAGAACCGUUACAAGUUCUCGCGUAUGCUGGACCGUAUCGAGGUCGAUCAGCCUGCCUGGAAGGAGCUUACUAGCAUUGACGAAGCCCGGGACUUCUGCGACAAGGUCGGCUACCCUGUGUUGGUUCGCCCCUCCUAUGUGCUUUCCGGUGCUGCGAUGAACACUGUCUACUCCGAGCACGACCUGGCCAACUACCUCAACCAGGCCGCGGACGUGUCCCGUGACCACCCUGUCGUUAUCACCAAGUACAUCGAGAACGCUAAGGAGAUUGAGAUGGACGCUGUCGCCAAGAACGGUGUUAUGGUUGGCCACUUCGUCUCUGAGCACGUCGAGAACGCCGGUGUGCACUCUGGUGACGCCACUCUUAUCCUGCCUCCCCAGGAUCUUAGCGAAGAGACUGUUGCCCGCAUUGUGGAGGCCACUCGCAAGAUCGGUAACGCUCUGAAUGUCACUGGUCCUUACAACAUCCAGUUCAUUGCCAAGGACAAUGACAUCAAGGUCAUUGAGUGCAACGUUCGUGCUUCGCGAUCCUUCCCCUUCGUCUCAAAGGUCAUGGGAGUCCCCCCUGUCAGCGUUCCCAAGGACUACGUCGGUGUCAAGGUCCCCCAGUUCUCCUUCUCUCGUCUGUCGGGUGCUGAUCCCGUUCUUGGUGUUGAGAUGGCUUCGACCGGUGAGGUUGCUUCCUUUGGUCGUGACAAGUACGAGGCCUACCUCAAGGCUCUGCUUUCCACCGGAUUCCGCCUGCCUAAGCGCAACAUCCUCUUCUCCAUCGGUUCCUACAAAGAGAAGCUUGAGAUGCUGCCUGCCAUCAAGAAGCUGCACAAGUUGGACUACAACCUGUUCGCCACCUCUGGUACUGCUGAUUUCCUGAAGGAGAACGGUGUCCCCGUCAAGUACCUCGAGGUUCUGGCCGGCGAGGAGGAUGACUUCAAGUCUGAGUACUCUCUGACCCAGCACUUGUCGAACAACCUCAUCGAUCUGUACAUCAACUUGCCUUCCAACAACCGCUUCCGCCGUCCUGCCAACUAUAUGUCCAAGGGUUACCGUACUCGUCGUAUGGCCGUUGACUACCAGACUCCUCUGGUCACCAACGUCAAGAACGCCAAGAUCCUGAUUGAGGCCAUCGCUCGUCACUACCCCCUGAACAUCCAGACCUCUGAUUUCCAGACUAGCCACCGUACCGUGGUCCUGCCUGGUCUGAUCAACAUCGCUGCCUUUGUUCCUGGCCUCGUCACCCCUGGCUCCAAGGAUUUUGAGGAUGUCACCAAGGCCUCGAUUGCUGCCGGUUUCUCCAUGGUCCGUGUCAUGCCCGUUGGUGUUGACAGCUCGGUCACCCAGGCCACCGAUCUGAAGAUCGUUCAACAGAACGCCCAGGACAAGUCCUACUGUGACUUUAACAUCUCGGUUGCCGCUACCGCCACCAACUCUGACCAGAUCACCCAGGUGACUGGUGAGGUUGGCUCCCUUUUCGUCCCGUUCAACCACCUCUCUGGUAACAUCAACAAGGUGGCUACUGUGACCAACCACUUCGGUUCUUGGCCCUCCAACAAGCCUCUGAUCACUGAUGCUAAGGGAACUGAUUUGGCUUCUAUUUUGCUGCUCGCCAGCCUGCACAGCCGCAACAUCCACGUCAUGAGCGUGACUUCCAAGGAGGACAUCAGCCUCAUUGCGCUCAGCAAGGAGAAGGGCCUUAAGGUGACCUGCGAUGUGUCGAUCUUCUGCCUCUUCCUUUCCCGCGAGGACUUCCCCGAGUGUGCCUCCCUGCCCUCUGCCGAGGACCAGAAGGCUCUCUGGGACCAUAUGAGCACCAUCGAUGUUUACUCGAUUGGCAGCAUCCCUUACCAGCUUGCUGGCAAGGAGGCUUCUCCCGCUGUCGGCAUUGCUGAGUCCCUUCCCCUGCUCUUCACUGCCGUCGCUGAGGGUCGCCUUACCGUCGAGGACAUCACUGCUCGCCUCUACGAGAACCCCAAGAAGAUCUUCGAGCUGCACGAUCAGCCCGAUACCUCUCUUGAGAUUGAGAUUGACCGCCCUUACCUGUACCAGAGCGCCGAUGCUUGGUCCCCUUUCAGCGGCAAGGUGAUGCGCGGAUCUGUUCAGCGUGUCACUUUCCAGGGCAAGACUUCUUGCCUGGACCGUGCGAUCACCUCCGAUGCCAUCAAGGGUACUGACAUGUCUUCUCACCGCAUCGUCCCUACCUCGCCCGUGCAGAAGCCUACCACUCCCAUGGUUCGCCCUGAGAGCUCACUUGACCGUCACGUUUCCGUCUCUGGUACUCCUGGCCGUCGUUUCCGCGGCGAGGUCAACGUUCCCUCUAUUGGCGAGCUUGGCCCUCCUCUGUACCCCUCGGCCCCGGUAUCUUCCUCGCUGUAUGAGAUGCUGUCGCGCUCCCCCUUCCGUGGCAAGCACGUGUUGUCCGUGAACCAGUUCACUCGUGCGGACCUCCACCUGCUUUUCACUGUCGCCCAGGAGAUGCGUCUUGGUGUUCAGCGCCAGGGUGUCCUUGAUAUCCUCAAGGGCCGCGUCCUCGCUACCCUGUUCUACGAGCCCUCUACCCGCACCUCGGCCUCCUUCGAUGCCGCUAUGCAGCGUCUAGGUGGACGCGUCAUCCCCAUCGCUACCGAGCACUCCUCGACCCAGAAGGGCGAGACUCUGCAGGACACCAUCCGCACCCUGGGCUGCUACGGUGAUGCCGUGGUCCUGCGCCACCCCGACCCCAAGAGCACCGAGGUUGCGGCCAAGUUCUCCCCGGUCCCCAUCAUCAACGGCGGCAACGGCUCCGUCGAGCACCCCACCCAGGCUUUCCUGGACCUCUUCACCAUCCGUGAGGAGCUGGGUACAGUCACCGGCCUGACUAUCACCUUCACUGGUGACCUCAAGUACGGCCGUCCCGUGCACUCCUUGAUCAAGCUGCUUCAGUUCUACGAUGUCCGUGUCCAGCUUGUCUCCCCCAAGGAGCUUGCUCUGCCCGAGGAUGUCCGCCAGCAGAUCAAGGCCUCCGGCCAGCUCAUCGGCGAGUACGAAGAGCUCACUCCCGAGAUUGUCGCUCGCUCCGAUGUCCUGUACUCUACCCGUGUGCAGAAGGAGCGCUUCGCCGACCUCUCCCAGUACGAGCGUCUGAAGAACAGCCUUGUCAUCGACAACGCUCUGCUCAAGCACGCCAAGAGCCACAUGGUUGUCAUGCACCCUCUGCCCCGGAACGCCGAGAUCGCCGAGGAGGUCGAUUUCGACCAGCGGGCCGCUUACUUCCGCCAGAUGAGAUAUGGCUUGUACUGCCGCAUGGCGCUGCUGGCCCUGGUCUUGGCUCACUAA